AUGGAUAACUCUAAUGUCACGUAUAUCACUUUUACUGGUUUUGUGGAUUUACAAAGUUACAGAUUACUGUAUUUUGUCAUCAUGUUUACCGUAUAUGUUUCAAUUAUUUUUGGUAAUUUGACCAUUUUCUGUCUCAUUUGCAUUCACAAAAGUCUUCAUGAGCCCAUGUACAUUUUCAUUGCUGCUCUGCUGUUAAAUUCUCUUCUUUUCAGCACAAAUAUUUACCCUAAACUUCUAAUCGACUUCUUGUCUGACCAACAGAUCAUUUCUCUUUCUUUAUGCCAAUUUCAGGGAUUUAUUUAUUACACUCUGAGUGGUGCAGAGUUCUUAUUGUUGUCUGCAAUGGCUUAUGACAGGUAUGUGUCAAUAUGUAAGCCUUUUCAAUAUGCAAGCAUUAUGAAGAAAUCAACCGUCUCUGUUUUGCUGGUUCUAUCUUGGGUUUUGCCUGCUUGUCAGAUCAUUCCAUCACUCUUUUUGACAAGUAGCAUAAAGAUCUGUAAUUUUAAUUUAAAUGGAGUCUUCUGCAAUAAUGUGAUCUCCAAACUUUACUGUAUGGGUUCAUCUUCAGCAUAUGUCAUUUAUGGUGUGUUUCUGCUCCUUAAUAACAUAUUUUUACCUUUGAUUUUUAUAAUCUUUACCUAUACAAAAAUACUUUUGGUGUCGUAUCGAAGCAGCAUGAACGUCAGAAGAAAAGCUGCGCAGACGUGCUCGCCUCACCUGCUGGUCCUGAUCAGUUUCUCCUGUUUGUGUUCUUAUGACAUUGUGAUUGCUCGGCUGCAGGUUGAUUUGCACAAAACUGCACGUUUUAUUAUGACUCUGCAAGUUGUACUGUACCACCCUCUCUUUAAUCCAAUCAUCUAUGGGGUGAAGGUGAAAAAGAUCUCUGAACUCCUGAAGAGACUUUUUUUGCAAGGCAAAAUCACUUUGUGCUUUAAAAUAGACGUUUGA